AUAACACUAUUUCAUAAAUAUUUGCUAUCAUUUUCAGCGGUUUUCUUUUUAUCUUAAAAUCAAGCUUAAAAUGUUUUCAUAGAUUUCUUACAAUCACCUUACUACUAUCAAACUAUCGUCACAUUAAUCAGUAUUGCACGAAUUUCAUAAAACUACAAGUAGCAAUAUUUAAACAAAACAUAGUAGGUACAAUGAAGGUAUUGACAAUUUUAUCACUAUCAAAAACUGCAUUGAACAUUCUCAAACCAAAGAAGAUAUGUACAAUAAUUCGAGAAAACCAGCAUCGCAACCUUAUGUCGAAGCAGCUUAUUUACCAAGAAUUUGGUGAUCCUCUACAAGUGGUUAAAUACAGAGAAUGUGAAGUUCCACCUCUUGGAAGUCAGGAAGUGUUGGUUAGAAUGCUAGCUGCUCCAGUCAAUCCUGCAGACAUCAAUACGAUACAAGGAAAGUAUCCAGUCAAAGUGGAGCUCCCUUCAAUUCCUGGAAAUGAAGGAGUAGGUUGUGUAGUUGAAGUUGGAUCGGAUGUGAAAGACAUUAAAAAAGGAAACAAAGUUAUAGUCACAGUUCCUUUGCAGGGUACAUGGAGGAACUUGGGAACAUUUCAGAAAUCAUCAUUACUAGUUGUUCCAGAUGCAUUAGGAAAUGUAGAAGCAGCAUCACUCACUGUUAAUCCUUGCACAGCAUUAAGAAUGCUUUGUGAUUUCGUUUGCCUAAAGGAAGGUGAUGUUGUCAUACAAAAUGGAGCUAAUAGUGCCUGUGGUCAGAAUGUCAUACAAAUAUGUAAAGCAUGGGGUAUCAAGACUGUAAAUGUUGUCAGAAAUAGGCCUGAUAUUGCAGAAUUAAAGAAGUAUCUUCAAGAUCUAGGAGCCACAUAUGUUUUCACAGAAGAGGAAAUGCGCAAAAUUACUAUAUUCAAAGGUGAAGUUAAAAAACCACAGCUUGCUUUGAAUUGUGUUGGUGGCAAAAGUGCCACAGAAUUAUUUAGAUAUAUGGAUCAUGGUGGCAUAAUGGUCACCUAUGGAGGUAUGUCAAGAGAACCUGUGAUUGUUCCCACAUCAGCAUUUAUUUUCAAAAAUAAUAGCUGCAGAGGUUUUUGGAUGACUGCAUGGAAUAAAAAUGCUCCAGAGGCAGACAAAGAAAAAAUGCUUCAAGAAAUUAUCAAAUUGAUGUUAUCAAAACAACUAAAGGCACCAAUACAUAAAAUGGUUAAGUUUGAUAAUUAUCAGGAAGCUUUGAAGAAUGCACUCACACCUCAGGGAUUUGCUGGAUGCAAAUAUCUUUUUGAAUUUGGAAGAAAUUUUUGCUUGCCUAAGCUGCCAAUCGUACCGGGAGAUGAAGGUGUGGGUGAAGUUGUGGAAGUAGGGAGCCAUGUGUGCACAGUGGAACCUGAUGAAAGAGUUGUCAUCACUUCGAAAAUGAUGGGUACUUGGCGAUAUUACGGUAUUUACCAUGAAAGAGACAUUCAUGUAAUUUCACCUAAUCUACCCCUACCUGAAGCUUCUAUGCUUACCACCUCACCUUGUAUGGCAUAUCGAAUGUUAAGAGAUUUUAGAAAACUUAAACCAGGUGAAACUAUUAUACAAAAUGCUGCCAACAGCGCAUGUGGACAAUCUGUUAUUCAACUUUGUAGAGCUUGGGGGAUUAAUUCAAUAAACAUAGUUGCCAACCACUGUGGUUUUGAAAGUGUUAAAAGGAAUUUGUUAAAUUUAGGCGCUACUGUAGUGUACACCCUUGAAGAAGCUGAAGAAUUGUCCAGUUUUUCCACAUCUUUAACAAGACCUGUACUAGCCCUAAAUUGCCUUGGAGGCAGGUAUGAAGAUGUGUUGCUAAAACUUUUAGAAUCCAAUGGCACUAUUGUUUACUAUGGAUUUGCAUUUGAUUUGCCACUUGCAAAAUGUUGUCUGAGGCCUGAUGUACACUACAAUAAAUUUCACUUGUGUGAUUGGGAUACUCAUGCUACACCUGUUCAAAAAGAUAUCAUGAUGAAUAAUAUCAUACAAAUGAUGGUCAUUGGCGAUUUUAAGGCUCCCAUUCAUGAAUCGAUAGAAUUAAAAAAUUAUGUUCAUGCUUUUAGAAACACUGUUCCCUGUGAAGCAUUUUCUGUACUUAAUUACAUAUUUGAUUUUACGAUGCCAUAA